AUGGACAAAAACAUUGGAGAGCAACUUAACAAAGCUUAUGAAGCCUAUCGACAAGCAUGCAUGGAUAGGGACUAUGCUGUGAAAGAACUACAUCAAAAAACAGAAAACUACAUGCAGCAAAUACGUGAACAGCAGGAAAAGAUAGAGCUUCAAAACAGCAUUAUUGCAAAACUGAAAUCACAGUUAGCUGCUCUGAAUGCUAAUAGAGGUAAUGCACAUCCUUAUGUUCUGAUGCAUGAAGACACUGAAACCUCCAACUUACCUUUCAGCCAGCUCUCUGAAAAACUGAAUGUAGCAAAGCAAAGAGAAAAGCUUUUAAAGGAACAAUUAGAAAGUGAGAGCAUGAAGCUGAAGCAACUUGAGGACAAAAACAAUCAAAAGGAAAGGAAGCUUAUAUCUAUCAUUUCCAACCAAGAAGAUAAAAUAAAAACUCUGAAAAGCAAAUUGAAAGAAUUAAAUGAAGCACAAAGGGGUGUACCGAUGCCAACAUACAAAAGGGAGGUGAAAAAUAAGAAAGUCAUUCCAGCUAAGCCUGAAUUAUCUCUAGGAAUCACUGGCAUUUCAUCCCUAUCUGAAAGAGAGAAUCUGGAGACUAUUUUCCAUGACAUGGAAGAAGAGUGUCAUCGAAUAUGUAUGCUAGCCAGAGACCAAACAGACCAACUGAGUAAAUUUAAGAUAAAGCCAGAACCUGAAACUGAAAUACAGUUUUCCAUGCCGAUACAGUGCACUGAUAAAACUGAUGAACAAGCAGAAGAGCUUUUUAAGCCUCGGGUUAUAAAGGAUAUAAAUAGAGGUGCAUCAUGCAUCACAUCUAUCACACCAAGAGGAGUGGGCCAAGAUGAGGACAACAACUCUGUAGAAUCACUUUCUAAAUUUAAUGUCAAGUUUCCACCUACAGUCAAUGACUCUGCUUUCUUGCAGAGCACUCAGGAAAAACCAACAGUUCCUUGUACUGGUGUAGCUGAAGACGUGCUUGAAGAUCAUCAUUUUAACCUGGAGCAUAAAGACCAUGCUAUUAACCUCAGUAAAUUGGAACCUAACUCAUUUGCAGCUCAUGGAGUUGACCUCAUGACCUCAGCUUUACAAUGCUUCACUGUUGACAAAAUAAACCCCCCAAAUCAUGCAAAGAUGCCCAUAGAAAAUAUCCAUGACAAAAUAUGUUUAAAAACAACAGACACUGGUUUCACGCUUGUACCUAAGCACCCAAGCCAGGGUGCACCUGAAGUAAUUUUUUCUUCUUUAGAGGCUGCUGGGACGACCAUCAGAGGUCCUCAUCAGCUCAUUUGGCAGCCUCAAGACAAAAAUUUGCUGGCACAAGCUUACACAGACUCUGAACUGAAUCAGUCCAAAAUAUGUGAAUUCUGUCGAGAAGUUUUCCCACCAUCCGUAACAUCUAAGGAAGAUUUUCUUCGGCAUCUGAAUUCCCACUUCAAAGUACAGUCUUAA